AUGGAACCCAAAACACCCUCACUCGCACUAACCCUAAUAACUUGCCUCCUCCUUCUCCCUCUAUUUUCCCACGCUCACGUCCUAACCAACUCUACAUCAUCACCUUCAUCUCGAGUCGCCUUCCUCCAACACCUCAAAGGCUGCCACAAAGGAGACAAGCUCAACGACAUCCCUAAGCUCAAAGCCUACCUCCACAAGUUCGGAUACCUCGACGACUACACCAACCAAACCUCCCCUUCUUCCAACAACUACUUCGACCACCGCCUCGAGAAGGCCCUCAAGACUUACCAGGCCAACUACCACCUCAACGUCACCGGCGCCAUGGACUCCGCCACCGUCGCCUCCAUGAUGACACCACGCUGCGGCGUGGCUGACAUCAUCAACGGCACCAACUACAUGCAACCCCAACGACGUGGUGGCCGCAGCCACCACAGGCUGCACACGGUGUCUCACUUCUCUUUCUUUGAAGGGAGACCCAGGUGGAGAGCUUAG